GAUCCUGUCGCCCUCGCCGCCGCCCACGCUGGCGGGGCCGCCGGGAGCCCCCUCGGGUUCAUGAAGUCCAAGCUCGUGCUGCUUGUCUCCCACGAACUCUCCCUCUCCGGUGGGCCGUUAUUACUGAUGGAGUUGGCAUUUCUUCUGCGGCAGGUUGGUUCCCAAGUGGUGUGGGUAACAAACCAGCGACCUGAAGGGACAAAUGAUGCUUCAUAUAGCUUGGAGCAUAAGAUGUUGAACCAUGGAGUGCAGAUUUUACCUGCUAGAGGACAGGAGGCAAUUGACACUGCUCUGAAGGCUGACAUGGUUAUCUUGAACACUGCUGUUGCUGGCAAGUGGCUUGAUGCUGUCCUAAAAGAUCAUGUUCCUCAAGUUCUUCCGAAGAUUUUGUGGUGGAUCCAUGAAAUGCGAGGACAUUACUUUAAGCUUGAAUAUGUGAAACAUCUUCCAUCGGUUGCUGGAGCCAUGAUCGACUCUCAUACAACAGCUGAAUAUUGGAAGAACAGGACUCAUGACCGUCUAAAUAUACAGAUGCCACAAACUUAUGUUGUUCACCUCGGGAACAGUCAAGAGUUAACAGAAGUUGCCGAAGAUAAUGUCGCAAGAAGAGUCUUACGUGAACAUAUACGCGAGUCCCUUGGAGUUAGGAGUGAAGAUCUCCUAUUUGCAAUAAUAAACAGUGUCUCACGAGGAAAAGGACAAGACUUAUUUCUUCAAGCAUUUUACCAGAGUCUGCAACUCAUCCAACAUCAGAAGUUAAAAGUGCCCAGAAUGCACGCUGUAGUCGUCGGAAGUGAUAUGAAUGCUCAGACGAAGUUUGAGUCACAGUUACGUGAAUUUGUGGUGAAGAAUGGGAUCCAAGACCGUGUUCACUUUGUAAACAAGACCCUGGCAGUGGCACCUUAUUUGUCCGCAAUUGAUGUGCUUGUCCAGAACUCUCAGGCACGUGGAGAAUGCUUCGGAAGGAUAACAAUUGAAGCAAUGGCGUUCAAGUUGCCAGUAUUGGGCACGGCUGCCGGAGGGACCACCGAGAUAGUUUUGGAUGGCUCAACUGGCCUUCUGCACCCUGCCGGGAAGGAGGGUGUCAUGCCUCUCGCGAAGAACAUCGUGAGGCUUGCAAGCAAUGUUGAGCAGAGGGUCUCCAUGGGGAACAGGGGCUAUGCCAGGGUCAAGGAGAGGUUCAUGGAGUAUCACAUGGCUGACCGUAUCGCCAAGGUGUUGAAGGAAGUUCUACGGAGAUCACAGCAGCAUUCUCGUUCUUGAGCUUCUCCGCAGCUGUAUCCAGUGGCACAUAUAUCUUGCGCUAGCAGGUACUAGAUCGAGAUUCUAGCAAGGCUGAACCCGAACUGGGGGUCAACUGUAGAUCGCUGCUCCCUGUGCUACUCUUAUCUGUUGCUAUGCGUGGCUGUUGUUGGUUUCUCUUUCCUUUGUGUUGGCUUACCUGGUAGCAGUAGUAUAUAGGAUCAGCACCAUGAAAAUCUACAUGUAAAUGGUACUGUCGCAGGAAAGACAACUCUCUGAUUUUUUUUUGUUUUGUUUUUGACGAGCUUA